AUGGAUACUAGUGCCAUUUCAAUAUUAACAAUUUUGAUUUCCGUUCAAAUUCCAGCGAUUCUCUGCAGUAUUUUUUGUUUAUAUCAUUUUUUAUGGACACGAGAAUUACGUCAUGGUAUACACAAUCACGCAAUUAUUUGUCUUCUCAUAUGUUCCCUAUUAGCAAUUGCAACUGAAUUACCUAUUGCUGAACAAUUUUUAGUAUAUGGUAUUGUUUAUCCAUCAACAAGAAGUUUUUGUUUAUUCUGGAAUUAUUGGAAUUUUACACUCAACAAUGGUAAUAUAUUCAUCAUGGCAUGGAUGUCCAUUGAGCGUCAUUUAUUAAUAUUUCAUUCGAAUUUGUAUCGAACAUCACGAGGACGUCUAUUGUAUCAUUUUGUACCUCUACUGAGUGCUGUUGUAUACAGUCCAUUAUGCAUGCUUGCUCUUGCAUUUUAUCCAUGUACAAAUAUAUCCAUGUUCAGUUAUAAACGAUUUUUGUGUAAUUAUGCAUGUUUUCUGUCACAAAAGAUUCUCGUAUCCUAUGAACUAAUAGGUAAUUUAUUAGUACCAACAAUGAUUAUUGUACUUUGUAGUUGUGCAUUAUCCAUUCGUGUUAUUCGAUCUAAAAGAAAAAUAAUUGCUCAAGUAUUUCGAUGGAGAAAAACACAAAAACUACUUGUACAAUUAAUAUUGAUUUCAACAUGCUAUUCAUUAAUUUGGAUUCCUUAUACAAUUGUUAUUCUAUUAAGCCAAUAUUGGCGUCCGAAUAUAGUCGAUGCAAACGUAACAUUAUUUCUUAAUUACGGUGGAUAUGUCACAACUUUGUUGACACCAUUUUUGUGCCUUAAUAGCAUACCGAAUCUGAAACGAAAUUUGAAACAACCUUUAUUCGUUAUGUUUAAGUAUAAAAAGAAGCAUUCUGUGGUACCAAUAGAAACAAUACGUACAAAUCAUCAUUUGGCAGAAAGUAGACGAGCGAUUGCACAUUAA